UAUCCAGCGACCAUCUAGUGACGGAGAAACAGGUGUGAAUACCGACUUACCCAGAGUGUGGACAACCAGUGAACGCACUUACCCCCAGAAUGAAGAGCCAGACUGUUGUGCUUUGUGUUGUGUUGUUGGCGGUUUUGUGCUGCUUUGUUUCGGCGGAAGAAACGAGCCCGGAUCGUAGCAAGCGACACGAUUAUCCGGGCUUUGGAGGUGGAUUCGGAGGGUAUGGAGGCCAUGGAUAUCCAGGCUUCGGUCUUGGAUAUGGUGGACAUGGACACAGAUAUCCAGGAUACGGUGGUGGCUACGGACUGUACGGAGGUGGUCUCGGACAUGGAUAUGGCGGUCAUGGAUUCGGCCACGGUCACGGUGGAUACGGUGGUUACGGUGGACAUGGUUAUGGAGGUUAUGGUGGAUACGGAAACGGCCAUGGCCAUGGUUAUCCUGGUUUCGGAGGAUUCUUUGGCUAAAGUAUGUGUGAAAGUGAAACAUCAAACUGUUGGCCAGAUUUCAAACGGACAGAACGAGCGGAAACAUCAAUUGAAGCCAAAUAUACCAAAAUGUGUUACGUUGUUUGUAAAACAUUGUACACUUAAAAAAAGAAAAUGGGCGGCAGAGUGAUUUUAAAGUGAAAAUAAACAGUUGGAAAUGUAAAAACAAUGUUGACAAUUCUUUUUUCAUACUGGAAGCCAGGUGAUUCAUCGUGAGGUUCCAUCAUAUGCGAAUAAAAACCCGUCCCUGUAACAUUAAAAUUGCCUUUCUUUUGUACCCGUUGGCCUUGGACAAAAGGUAGCUACUUUGGAGAUUAUUUAUACAUCAGUAUUCGGUUCGGAACUCGAAGUCAUCGUUACAUUAAUACAGUGUCACUAGUGUGGCAUUAGGACAAUUUUUGACCAUGAACUUUAAAAAUUAAGUGCCUGGCUGUCGUUACUACCCAACGACGGGACAAGACUGUCCUCUUCUAAGCUUUUCUCAUAGGUGCAAUUCAAUGUAACGUUAUUCUUGUGUGUUUUACAGAUUUUUAAUUGCAUUUAUUUACUCAAAACUGGGCAAUCCGUCAUUAUUGUCUAGAGAAUCUUGACAAGUGAAAUCCAAAUAUACUGCCAAGUCCACUGCAAGGUCGCUCGAAAAAAGAAAAGCAAACGAAAGCCAAAUAAAACGAUGGCAUUUUAUUAUCCUUCUUCAUUCUAGUAAGUUUAAGAGAUACAUACGAUAAUAACGCUCGCAGUUCGCACACUUUCAUCUAAAACGUUAAGUUUGCAUUCAUUGUAGAGCGGGUGCGGUUGCAUGAAGUCUGCCUUCUUAAGUGUGGACGACACUCAUCGUCCGGGAUCUUAGGUAAUUUGUUGCUAAGGUUUCUAAACUCCUUUGUUUUCCUCUUAGGUAAUUAUCUCUACUCUACUAGUAUGGAUCGAAGAUAGAGUAAGUAGCAUGAAAAAA